GGUAUGAAAGAUGUAGCCUGCAGAGAGCCGGCACUAUCUCUGCUGCUGCUGCUGCCACCGCUGCUGCUGCCGCCACUACUGCUGCUAGCAGAGCUGCUGGGAGUGAGCCUCCCUUCUUCCUGAUACCCAGCUCCGUGGCAUCUCCCGUUCCUUGGCCCCCUCACGGACCUCCCCGCCCCAGGGAACAAAAGCAGAGUCCGGUCGCCCUGUUCUGCAGUCAGAGGAUGAAGAGUCGAGAGGGCUGAGCGGAGAGUGUGGUCCUAGGCGGCUGGAAGACCCUGGCUUAUCAGAGGACAACAUGCUUUUGAAAUGCCACAUUAUUUUCUGCUCCCUGCCCUUUCUCCAUGAUUCCUGACUUGUGGCCCUGGCAAUCUCAGAAGAGCUUCAUUGAAUUCCCUUCCAUCCAGAUCCUGGGGACUCACCUCCCCUAGCCUCACCCUGUGUAGCUUGGACACACUGACUAAACCAGUUUUUAGGAUACUUCAUUCAUCAAGACAUGGUGGUGAACCGAAGCUCCAAGUCUUCAUGACUGAAGGAAUCCUUUGCACAACAAAAGCACUCCGAAAGAGUGAAUGACAUGCUCAGCCUGGGCUGUCCUUUCUGAAGGGAGGAGCCUUUCUUCUGGAGAGGAUCCUCGAUGAGCCUGGCCAAGGCCCGGGGUCUGUGUGAAGAGGACUAAGGAUUAAGUAGGAUGUCAACUGAGACAGAACUUCAAGUAGCUGUGAAAACCAGCGCCAAGAAAGACUCCAAGAAGAAAGGUCAGGAUCGCAGUGAAGCCACUUUGAUAAAGAGGUUUAAAGGUGAAGGGGUCCGGUACAAAGCCAAACUGAUCGGGAUUGAUGAAGUUUCCGCAGCUCGGGGAGACAAGUUAUGUCAAGAUUCCAUGAUGAAGCUCAAGGGUGUUGUUGCUGGCGCUCGUUCCAAAGGAGAACACAAACAGAAAAUCUUUUUAACCAUCUCCUUUGGAGGAAUCAAAAUCUUUGAUGAGAAGACAGGGGCCCUUCAGCAUCACCAUGCUGUUCAUGAAAUUUCCUACAUUGCAAAGGACAUCACGGAUCACCGGGCUUUUGGAUAUGUUUGUGGGAAGGAAGGGAAUCACAGAUUCGUGGCCAUCAAAACAGCCCAGGCGGCUGAACCUGUGAUUCUGGACUUGAGAGAUCUCUUUCAACUUAUUUAUGAACUGAAGCAAAGAGAAGAAUUGGAAAAAAAGGCACAAAAGGAUAAGCAGUGUGAACAAGCUGUGUACCAGACAAUUUUGGAAGAGGAUGUUGAAGAUCCCGUGUACCAGUACAUUGUGUUUGAGGCUGGACAUGAGCCAAUCCGUGAUCCUGAAACAGAAGAAAACAUUUACCAGGUUCCCACCAGCCAAAAGAAGGAAGGUGUUUAUGAUGUGCCAAAAAGUCAACCUGUAAGUAGUAGCCAGCCAUUGGACGAUUUUGAAGAGCGUUUUGCUGCAGCCACACCGAACAGAAGUCUGUCAGUGGAUUUUGAUGAGCUUCUUGAGGCAACCAAGGCUGUGACCCAAUUAGAACUUUUUGGAGACAUGUCCACCCCUCCUGAUAUAACCUCUCCCCCUACUCCUGCAACCCCAGGUGAUGCCUUUCUGCCAUCGUCAUCCCAGACGCUUCCGGGGAGUGCAGAUGUGUUUGGCUCUGUGUCUUUUGGCACUGCUGCUGUACCCUCAGGUUAUGUCGCUAUGGGUGCCGUUCUCCCAUCCUUCUGGGGCCAGCAGCCCCUCGUUCAACAGCAGAUCGCCAUGGGUGCUCAGCCGCCCGUUGCUCAGGUGAUGCCAGGAGCUCAGCCCAUCGCAUGGGGCCAGCCAGGUCUCUUUCCUGCCACUCAGCAACCCUGGCCAACUGUGGCCGGGCAGUUCCCGCCAGCCGCCUUCAUGCCCACACAAACUGUUAUGCCUUUACCAGCUGCCAUGUUCCAAGGUCCCCUCACCCCCCUUGCAACUGUCCCAGGCACAAAUGACUCUGCCAGGUCAAGUCCACAGAGUGACAAGCCCAGGCAGAAAAUGGGGAAGGAAAUGUUUAAAGAUUUCCAGAUGGUCCAGCCUCCACCCGUGCCCUCCCGUAAGCCUGACCAGCCCUCCCUGACCUGUACCUCAGAGGCCUUCUCCAGUUACUUCAACAAAGUCGGGGUGGCACAAGAUACAGAUGACUGUGAUGACUUUGACAUCUCCCAAUUGAAUCUGACACCUGUGACUUCCACCACACCGUCCACCAACUCACCUCCAACCCCAGCCCCUAGGCAGAGCUCUCCAUCCAAAUCAUCAGCAUCCCACGCCAGCGAUCCGACCACAGAUGACAUCUUUGAAGAAGGCUUUGAAAGUCCCAGCAAGAGUGAAGAACAAGAGGCUCCUGAUGGAUCACAGGCGUCCUCCACCAGUGAUCCAUUUGGGGAGCCCAGUGGUGAGCCCAGUGGUGAUAAUAUAAGUCCACAAGACGGUAGCUAGAUAGCGCAGGUCUGGGAGCCGGAGCCUCUCUAUGCGCAGAUCCACAGACCUAAGAAAUAGCAUCAAUUCGAGCUCCUGGUGGGUGCUUCAAGACUGGCAUGGGAAUGGGCAGUGCAGCAGGCUCUCUGGUACUCUCACCUCACCUCAUCCCACAGAGAAACUCACAGUCGCCCGGUGAAACUGUCUCAAGAGGGAACAGAGUUUUUUUUUUUUUUUGGCAACCUACAGAAAUACCUAUGGCAGCACAAAAAACAACAAAACAAGACACCCCCACAAAAGUAUUUUUAAAAUAAGCAGAACCCAACAUCGAUCACCAGUCAAGCUGAUGCUUAACCAACAAACACCUUGAGCUCUCUCAGCUGGGUCUAAGAUGCCCCUGGAUAUGAAACCUUAUUGUGCUUUUAUUUCGCUACCUGUUGACCACUGUCGAGACCGCAGAUUUGGAGUGGCAGGCAUCAGAGAAUUUGCAACAAGGUUGGCACUAACUCGUUUUAGGCCAAAGCAAGGGAUCCUUUGUGACCACAGUGUCAUCAUCCGUAUGCCUUCUGGCUGUGGCGAUGUGCGUGGCAUCUCUCCACAGGGCCUGGUCUGCCAUCCUGUGUCCCCUGUCCUUUCUCUGUCAUGUUUGAGAAUCAAUGAGUGUAUAAAUUUUUGUAUUGCUUUUGACUUUUUUUAGCAAUGGGUGAAGAAGUCUAAAUGGGGGAGGGGAAAGCCUCUUAUGGAGUAAAUUAACUUGAAAUCACAAGGCAAACAAGUGGUUGGUUAUUCAUUGAAAUCAAGAAUGUGGCCAAAACAACCCUUUAGUUAUCCUGCAUCCUGAUGAAUAAAGACAGCUUUUGGAUGGAACCUACAUUCUGGGGGUAGCAAAGGACAUCAAAUCCCAUUGAUGAAAAAGAUGGAAAAUGCAUCCAGUUCCCUAAGAAGCUCUGAACUCUUGAGUACAAUAAAAUGAUGUCUUUAUUUUUCUGAUACUUCGCUGCUGUGAUACUAUGCAGACAAGUGUCUUCUCCAUGCGCCAUUUUCAAAGAAAAAUCAUUUGCCAAAUAAUUCUGGUACAAUUCUGCUAAUAUGGUUUUGGAUCUUAGAAACCAGCUUUCUAAUGGUGACAUAAAAUAUUCAAUGUAACAAACUGACUCUGUGGUCAAAUGGUCCAUCUCUAUCUCUUUUUGUACGUCAGAAAAUUCAAAUGGGAUUUUUUUAUUUUCUAACUUGAAAAGGAAAACCUUACCAUUAAACUCUUUAACUAUUUAAGGGAAAUGGCUUUAAGGAGUUCUAAUGAUGUAAAUAUGUCAAUGAAGAUGCUUUUAAUAAUGCCAUGACACUGUAGAGAAGGUAGCAGGUGGAGUGUAAGGGGGAACGAACAUGAUGGGUGAGGGCUGGCUCUCCAUAUGUUUUUCUGGGAUGACUGGUAGGAACUACAGUUCAGAGACAGGCAGGAGUCUUGGGCCAAUCAGCAGCUAGUGAACAGGAUGGGGCGGGCCUUCACAGCCAGCGUCUCUGGAGAGUCCUCACCUUAAUUAAGCCCAAGGGAAGAGAAAGGAGGCUCACAUUGGAAGGUUUGACUUUCAGAUUCAGAAAAUUGCUCACCUCUCCACUCCCACUUCCUCUCCCAUCAGUCACUGGACAGAUUGUAUGUGAAACAGAAGGAUUCACUUUCUGACUUUACACAUCUGGGACAAAAGUUUAGUGUUCAGUUCAUAUGGCUAGCACACAACUUUCAUAAAGAAUCUAUAUAUUUUUACCCUAUAGAGAAUCGUUAUACAAGUCAAGUGUGUUUCCCCGAUGUUCCUAUGCAGUUACAUGUUGGAUUUAGUGGUUUUACAAAAAGAUGGAAACCCUCAAGAGUCAUGUGAUUGGAUCUGGAAGUAAUUAGUCUGUUAAGUUUGAAAAUUUGAAAAGCCAAAUUUACCUUGAUGUGAUUGAUUGAAAUUGGCCUGUAUGUUUUGGCUUCUUCCUAUUCAUAGGAACUAAAAUGGUUUUGAAGAUGAUUUUUAAAGUGACUUCUCACACAAAAAUCACACAAUACAAUGUCAAGCUAAUUAUUAUUAGUUAGAGCCGACAUUUGACACUGGAAUACAAUUUCCCCAAAUAGAUAAAUGAGCCACAUGUCCAUUAGAAAAUAUAUGUUAAUGCUGCCCUACUGUAGAAGGUCUGAAGAACUAGAGAAAUGAGAAGGGUUGUUCACUGCCCUCUGAAGCUGCUACCUGUUGGUACAGGAUUCCUCACAAAAUCCAUGCUAUGAUAAGGUGACCCUCUUGGACAAAGGGGAAAUGGGAAGGUACAAUGGCUGGGAACUGUCCUGAAAACAGUCCUGCUUCUCUGAUGUGUUGGCAAGAUAGGUGGUUGCCAUAGGAAACAGCUUCGGUGGCAAUGGUGUCAUGGUGCCAAGUCUAUCUGAGUGGUGCUGUCUCCCUCACUAUGGCUGUCUGAGUCUGUCCAUCAGUGUCACCCUUACCCCCACCCUGUGGGUUACUGUGACAUGAAGUGAACUCUGACUGGUGUUGCUGUUUCAGGUCUACCAUCUGCAAUCCUUUUCAAGGCAGGUGGUGACAGCACAGUCAUCCUUCAUUGAGCAUGACAGAAAUGUAACUGGACCUGAACUUAAGGAAGAUGCCCAUCUGACACAUUAAAAUGAGGAGGAUAAAGCUGAGAUUUUUAAACUGCCAUCGAUAUUUUCAUUGGCAGAAUACUGAUUUUUUUUCCCCAAAGCACCAUUUGGUGAGUUCAGAACCACAGUACCCCUAUCCCAGGAAAAUAGUGAUAUGUCCAAACAGGAGCUGAGGUACCAAUACCAAAAGGGUGUGGGGAGUCUGCACAGUUCUGGAUAGAUCAAUGGAAAGAUUCAUGUGUACAACUCACUUCCUCAUCCUCUAUUAGCACUAAAUUUGUCACUUUAAAUUUUGAAACCAGGGAAACGCCACCUGUCAUUCUGUCCCCAUUCUCCAUUGCUCUUCGAUCUUUACAUGCCGCAAGACUUUUUUGAUAACUCGUAUUCAUCCCAGCGUCUACAGAAACCCCAUCAUGUAAUGUACCGGGCACCUUCUUUUAAGAAAAUGUUUACUCCGUGGGUUUGGUUCCUUUCAAUUUCUGCGUUCUGACACAUAUUUUUUUAAUGAAGACGAGAAGAGAAAAUGACGGUUGCAGUACGUGUCUAGACCUACUUUAACUUUACCUCAGACAGUCUGUUAACAUAUAUGGACACAUUAUUUUUAACUUUAUGUACAAUGCAUUCAACAGAACAGCAAAAUUUUUAGAAAUUUUCCAUUAAUUUCUGUAACACGCCAUGUAAAACGGUUACAAAUAAACAUGUUUGAGAACAACA